AUGACGACAAGCUUGGUAGGAGAGGAUGGCCUCUCUAAACCAAAUUCUGGGCCAACGUUGGAGACUAUUAAGCUUCCUCGAGGAGGCGUCGUGGCCUGUACAUCUAUCGGCCCUGUGCAACUCGGGAUGCCCCCCGAAACAAUCAAGGAUUCCAUGAAACUUGGUCUUCCUGUGCCACGACACUAUAUUGUACCAUCGGAGCCUUUCACUAAGACUUUAGGUGCCAACAUGGGCGUCAAUGUGGCCGAGUUUGAGUUCCCAGCCUAUUGCAACUUCUUCUUCAAGCGACAGUGUGUCAACCUCAUCGUGACGUCUGCAGACGUAGAAUCACGGAUCCGUCAGGUAUUUCAGGAAACGCUCUUCGGUCCUGCAGAACUUGACUUGCGCAAUGACUUCCCACAAGCUACACCACCAGAGCAGUUUCCAGACUUAAGAAAGGAACUGGAGUACUUUCGUAAGUUUGGUGACACUCUCAUAUCACUAGACAUGCUGCUCACUUUCACCCACUUCGACGCCAACGGUGAAGCCAAGGUUGCACAGCUUGGAGCACCAAGUGAUACCCCGCCGCUUAUAAUUCGCAAAGGUGACGGGUGCUUUACCAUCGACGAUGGAGAGUACGGGAGUGUGACAUUGGAAGACGCCGUCGAUCUCCCUCCACCGCCUGCAAAUGCGUUAACCACCCAUCUCGACUCAUUCUACCCACCAGCCUUUGGUGUGACGGUACUUGGCAACUCUCACGGCUUCGACCCUAACGGGAAAACCUCUGGUUACGUUCUGUGGAUCAACCACCGCGGGAUUAUGAUCGACCCACCUCCAUUUUCGUCGUCCAUUUUGAGCGCUAACAAUAUUCCAGCACUCAUGAUUGACGGUGUGAUCCUUACGCAUUGCCACGCUGACCACGAUGCAGGCACCUUCCAAAAGAUCUUGCAGGAAGGUCGCGUAGCUCUCAUCACCACAGACACUAUUUAUCGGUCGUUCCUACGCAAGUACUCGGCUCUGUCAGGUUUCGAGCCAAGUUUCCUCGAACGCGUGCUCGAUCAUCGCCUUGUACGCAUCAACGACGUGACUCAGAUCCGCGGUGCUGAGUUCCGCUUUUUCUACUCGCUGCACUCCAUCCCGUGCGUAGGCUUUGAGGUCACGUACGGUGACAAGAAAAUCGCAUUCUCCGGUGACCACCUUAACGACGUAGACAAGAUCCGCCAGCUCGAGAGUGAAGGAGUUCUUUCACCUGCCAGAGCCCAUGAACUCUUGAAUUUCCCUUGGCACUGUGACGCUAUCUUGCACGAAGCGGGAGUGCCACCUAUUCACACGCCACUGAAAACGCUUAUGGCUCUAGACGAAGAGAUUCGAAAGAAGGUGUACGUGGUGCACACGGCAGCCAAGGAUCUACCCGAUAACUGCGGGCUCCGUGGCGCACCAGAAGGUGUCCAUAAUACGAUCACGUUAGACGUACCAAAGCUACCGGAAAAUGCUGGGGCACUUGAGAUCCUAGAUCUUGUUAGAAAAGUGGAUCUGUUCGCUGAGCUCACACUUAAUCACGCUUACGAGAUCUUGCAAAUGGCUCGGAAAACGGAGUAUCCCAAAGGAGCUGUUGUGAGUAAGAUGGGUAACGUGGGUGACACGUUCUUCAUCAUUAUUGUGGGCGAGGCGCAAGCAGUGUACAAGAAGGAGUCACCUCCGGUAGUGGAUGGAUCAUUGGCCCAAUCUUCGCCAGUCGAGAAUAUCAAUGUCCCCAAACCGAUAGCACGCGGCCGAGAGAACAGCACACGUCGACGAGUGUCCAUGUUGUCACUGGCGAAGCAGUACCGACCAGGAGACUACUUUGAUCUGCAGUCUCUGCUGACCCCGAACUGGGCGCUUCCAUACGACAUGGUAGCAAGCACUAAACUGUCACUACUCGAGUUCAAUGCACUCGACUUCAACUGGUUCCUACGACGCACGUCCUCCUUCGAGCGUAUUCAACAGCUCGCACAGAGUCGACUUUACUUCUCCUACGACAUUGUAGAGAGCAAUCAAGUGUUCCGGAGACUGACGUCGGCUCAGCGGACAGCACUUGAGAUCAUUCUACGCCCACGUGACGUGACUGAGGGGCAGGUACUCUGGAGUGCCGGCGACAAGUGCUGCAGCGCUGUCAUUAUCGACAAGGGGCAAUUCCUUCUCAAGAUCGCGCCUGUAUCUUCCGGUUCACCCGUACGGAACAACUCAGCCAGUGGCCCGUCGCGGUCACGACCGUCGUCUCCAGGUCAAACGCUAUCGCUCAUCGCGAGGAAAUCGCUGAACCGCGUGAUCCCGAUGGACUUGAGCCUCGUAAGCACUACCUCAAGCAACAAUAAGAGCUGUGACGUACUGCAGGAGGUGACGCUCAACCACGGCGGCUUCGCUGGGGACGUGGAUCGACUCACGUCCACAGAGGACACAACGCACGCGACGUCGCUAAUCUGCACACAUGCUGGCUCUGUCUUCGUUAUUCAGAAGCACGACCUACAGAUCUUUCUCAUGGAGAAUCCAGGUCUGCUCUUGAGUCUCAGCGGCAAGGUCUUCGCUAGCUAG